GGCUGGGAAAGAGGAAAAAAAGGAGUAGGGGAUAGGGGACAAAAGCGUGACAGUCCCGCAAUAGUUUUCAAUGCAAUUCCCGAGAAUUCCAGCCCAGGAGAGGGGCCAGGACCCCCGUUCAAAGUACUCAGCUAGAAGCUGCGCCUAGGGCGGGUCCCUCCACAGGUGGGGCCAAGAGGGCCGGGGGCGAGUCACGGGCGGCUCUUAGGUGAGUAUCGGUUCUCCUCUCUCAGGCUUUCGGUCCAGAGAAGGGAGGGGCAACCUCCGCUCCCCUGAUCCUAUCGCGGACGGCGCAGGGCGUGCUGUGCCUUCUGUAGGACGGGGACGGGGACGGGAUGUGUCACCCAAAUACCAGAGGGUGAGUUGGCGGCGGAACCAGCCGGGCAGGUCCAGCGGAGUAUAAGAGCGAGAGGGAGCGGCCGGCGGCAGAAGCCUGGAAACUGACUCAGACUGCAGAGCCGGAGCCCAGCAAAGCCCCUGAGCCCCAGAGCCCCGUCCGCCCGCGUCCCGUCCGCGCUCCUAGGCCCCAUCAUGGCCCGGGGCCUGGGUCUUGCGCUGCAGUCGCAGCCGCUGCUUUCGCUGCUGCUUCUGGCGGCGGUGGCUAGCCAUGCUGCCGCUGAGGCCAACUGCACGUGCCCCACCAAUAAGAUGACCAUCUGCAGCCGGGACGGCCCCGGAGGCCGCUGCCAGUGCCGUGCCCUCGGCUCGGGCUUCGAGGUCAACUGCUCCACGCUGACUUCCAAAUGCCUGCUGCUCAAGGCGCGCAUGACAGCCCCCAAGCACGGCCGCUCGCUGGUGCGACCGAGCGAGCACGCGCUCGUGGACAACGACGGCCUGUACGACCCCGACUGCGACCACGAGGGCCGCUUCAAAGCCCGCCAGUGCAACCAGACGUCGGUGUGCUGGUGCGUGAACUCGGUGGGGGUGCGCCGCACGGACAAGGGCGACCUGAGUCUGCGUUGCGAUGACCUGGUGCGCACCCACCACAUCCUCAUCGAACUGCGCCAUCGCCCAGCCUCUCGCGCCUUCGAUCACUCGGAUCUGGACGCCCAGCUGCGGCGGCUCUUCCGCGAGCGUUACCAGCUGCCCGCCAGGUUCGUGGCGGCCGUGCACUACGAGCAGCCCACCAUCCAGAUCGAGCUGCAGCAGAACAUGUCGCAGAAGGCUCCCGGAGAUGUGGACAUCGCCGACGCUGCCUACUACUUCGAGAGGGACGCCAAGGGGGAGUCGCUGUUCCCGGGCCGCGACGGCCUCGACCUGAACGUGCGUGGCGAGCCCCUGCUGGUGGAGCGGACACUCAUCUACUACCUGGACGAGAAGCCCCCCCAGUUCUCCAUGAAGCGCCUCACGAGUGGCCUCAUCGCCGUCAUCGUGGUGGUCGUUUUGGCCCUCGUCGCCGGCGUGGCCGUCCUGGUGAUCAGCAACCGAAGGAAGUCGGGGAAGUACAAGAAGGUGGAGAUCAAGGAGCUGGGGGAGUUGAGACAGGGACCGAGUUUGUAGGUACGGGCAGGGCUGGGGGCGGGUGGGGAACGGGGUUUCUGCAGGGUCCCAGACCAAAGUGGAUCAUGCUUCUUGAAUCUUGGCCCAAAGGAAACAUUUCCGAAUUUCCUGCCUCUUCCCAGCCCGCCAAGUUUAACAGAUCCUGCUCUCAGGGUCACGUCUCUUUCUGACUUCUGUCUUGAAAGAAGCAUUUCUAAAAUGCCUUCCCUUUUGGUCCGACAAGAAACGUGACUCAAAGAGUUAAGGAAAGUGUGGCAUAGGGUUAUAUGUAAGAAUCAAGUGUCUGUAUGACAAUCCAGCAUCUUCGUAAGUGAAGCAAUCGAUGUUGAAAGCUUAAAUGCAUUUAGAUGGGAAACAGCGCUUUUACUGUCUUGGGUUUAAGUUAUUUAAUUAGCUCCACUUGUAUCAUGGCCUUCCUGAUGAGGCCAGUGUAGUAUCCUUCUUGACCGUCGUUGUAUUUACCAGCCACAUAUGCUUGUCACGGAGAAGGAAGCCUGUUUCAGCUUCCUGAACACAUUUUAGAUGUCUUUGUUUGAGGGCAGACUCUGCCCCAGAAACUCAGCGUCUAGUCUUCAGCUCUGCCUUGUUACAAUUAGUAAUGUUUCUUUUGUAAAAUGUUUGUACAUAUGUUGUCUUUGAUAAUGCUGCUGUGAUCUUUUUUAAAAAACAAAACAAAACAAAACACGAAUUUAAUAAAAUAUGGAAAAGGCACAAACUAAAA